AUGAUCGUUACAUUUGCCUCCAAUGUAGAGACUCACUAUAUGGGCUAUAUUGUGGUAUGUCCUGCAGGAGAGAAGGCCAUUCUCGAUAAGAAGAGAGGUGGUUGGUGUUAUAUUCACUGCAAAUUGAAAACUCCUUCCAAUAAUAAUAAUACUGAAAAUUCAUCAUCAUCCUCAUCUCAAGGUACCUCAACAACAACAUCAUUCACUUGGGGAACACUUAGAGUACCAGCCAUUUACCUCAAUAUUGAUGAUAACUUUUCCUCUUCGACUUCUUCCGAUCAUCAUGAUAAUUCUGAUAACAAUAACAAAUUAAAAACACCUGGAAGUGCCUCUGAGGAAGAUGCUCUCAAUCCGUUGGAAUGUGUCGAAUAUAAACAACCAGGCAGUAACAACUCAACAACAGGCGCAUCAACAACAUCGCCAUCAACAGCAACGAAUAAUACCAAUUUGGUGAAUGGCGCCAAAUUUUCUCCUCAUCAAAAAGUAUCAUCAUCACCUCAAGGUAAAACAACGACGGAACAACAACAUGAUACUGAUCAAAAGAAGAGACCAGGUAGAACGUGGAGUGAAAUUAAUCAGGAAUUUUUGGAUGUUGUUCUUGAUGAGAAUAUGGAUGAAGGAGGAGGAGAGGCAUCGAAACGAUCUUCCACCUCAUCAAUUGGUUUAAUUCAAAAUAUAAAGCCUACAAAGGAUACGAGUAAUGCUCUGAUAUUGGCAUCUUAUAGAUCUUCAAUGGAUUCAGCAGCUAUUUUUGAUCAAUUGGUGUAUCAUAACAAUACGAAUAUUUCAUCAUUGAUAGGUGGUGGUGGUGCCAGCAGCAGUUCGAAUAAUACACCAACAACACCUGGAGGUAGCAAUAAGAAGGCUGUGAAAAAAGUGGUCAAGAAGGUUGUACCAACAGUCGAACAAACAAUACCAAUUAUUGAAGAGAAUGCUAAAUCAACUCCAGAUGGUUCUGUUGAACAACAACCAAUCAUACCCGAUAAUACUGUUCAACAAAUGGAAGUUAAGGAGCCAACAGAGGCAGUAACAGAAAAACCAGUAGAAGAACCUAAAAUUGAUGCUCAAUUGGAUACUGUUCAUUUAAAUGAUGAUGUGACAAGUACACGUAAAACCAUUUCAAUUGAUUCUAGAGUGAGAGUAGCUCCAGAAGAUCCUUGGGCAGGAGAUGAAGAAGAAGAUUUGGAAACAUUUGACACUGAGACAGAUGGAGAUUUUGUUUUAGAACAUUCGACACGUGAAACAUUUGACAAUUCAGAGUUUGAUUUGGAAGAAUUGCUUGCUAUGGCCGAUAUGGAAGAAAUGGCAAGUUAUGAACCUAAUGUUGAUAGUCAACAAAUUGAAAUUUACAAGACCAAAUUACCUCACUUCUUUCACUUUGAUGCAGCAAGUGAUGAUAGAAAGAACAAGUUACUGCAUCACAUUGCACUCCAACAUGCGGCAAGAAAAUUGGUCAAUGUGGGUGCUGAUUAUGAUUUGAAAUUGGCCAUUCAACAAGGAUUGGAUAAAACCAGAGGAAAAGUUGUCAAUAGAAAGGCAACCAUUUUCUCUGGAGUUUCACCAUUACAAUAUCAAGAUUUUAAAAAGUUUUCAGUGGAAGAAGCUGGAAAACUGGUAUCAAGAGCAUUUGCUGAUUGGUGGAAAUUAAAGAAAUUUGUAAAUUACAUGAAGACAGCUCCAGAAUUCAAACAACAGAGAUUGAGACAAAACUGUCUGAAAGAAAUCCUCUCCACAGAGAGAAGCUAUGUCAAUCAAUUGGAAACAUUGUACUAUGACUUUUUCUUACCAAUGAAAAAGAAUAACUUUGCCAUUUUCAAUCACUACAAUCCUGCUCCAAAUAUUACUGCUUCCAAUGUUGUUUCUCGUGAUGGUCUCACUCCUGAGGAACAAUAUAACAUCAUCUUUAGUAAUAUUGAGCAAAUUUUAAAGACCAAUACUGCCCUCUUACACGACUUGGAAAUGGAUUACAAGAUGCACUACCCUAAAAAUCACUUCCCUUCAAUCUUCAAGAAAAUUCUCCCAUUCUUGAAAGUGUACACUGUAUAUGUAAAUAAUUAUGAUAAGGCUAACGAACUUGUAGAAGAACUCUCUUUGAGAAAUCCAAAGUUUAAUGAGCUUUUGGAAAGCGUUUACAAUAAGAAGAGUGUCACUCUUCAAAGUUUGUUAAUUACUCCAAUUCAAAGAAUUCCUAGACUCAAAAUGCUAUUCCAAGAUCUAUUCAGGAGAACUAUUCCAACCCAUGUUGAAUAUAGUGUAAUUGAAGAAACCUUGGCCAUCCUUAAUGAGCUUGCCCUCUUUGUCAAUGAAAAGAAGAGACACGAUGAAAAUAAUAUCAUCUUCCUUCGUCUCCAACAAAUUUUAAGCAAGAGAUAUGGCAACUUGGUAACUCCUCACAGAAGAUUUUUAAAGCGUGAUGAUUUUAGAGUUGUUUGCUCUAGAAAAUUCCUCAAUUCAGAUUGCGAAGUUUAUCUAUGUAAUGAUAUAAUGAUUAUUCUGCCAAUGACACCAGAAAGAGGUCUCAGAAUAGAUUACAGUCAUUUGAUAUUCUUUGCCUUUUCAGAAAUGGACAUAAUCUCUGACGAAGAUUUGAAUGAUGAAGAGAAGAAGGACUUUACCAUUCGUGCAUUUUUACGUAGUUCAGUUUUUACCUUCAAAUUUGAAGCUAUCAACGGUACAGAGAGAAUCAAAUGGGAAAAGGACAUUAGAGAAUUAAUUGAUAUGGAAAAAUCAAGAUGUAAAAAGUAUGGAGUCAAUCCAAGUUUAAAGCAAGAUGAUAAGAAACCACACGAAGAAAAGAAUACUUCUACCUCUUCCGAUAAGAAAUCUUCGGAGGAAACUAGUCCAAGAUCUAACGAUUCUUCCUCUACUACCUCCACCUCUUCCUCGUCUGUUCACGUAGCACACAGUUCCCACCAUUACACCCAAAGCUUGAGUGGAUUGUUAAAUACAAGUGGAAACAAUGGUUCAGCAAGUCCUUCCCUUUUGGGUAAUAAUGGCAAUGAGUUGUUCAUUCAAGAGAAACGUAUGAGAUUAUUCAACAGGUCUAAAAUUAACAAUUCUAAACUCAGUUCUUCUCAAUUACAACACAAAAACUUGAAGCAAGAUAUGUACUCUUUGAGCAAAGUUGUAAGAGAACAAAAGAACCAAAUUGCAGAAUUGGAAAAACUCUUAAAAGCCAAUGAGGAACAGUAUAAGAAAUUUGAGCUUGAUUAUGCUGAUGUCGAAAAGAAAUUAUCACAAAAUGAAGAAGAAAAGAAGGUAACUGACACUGAGCUGUUAGAUGUCGAUUCCAAGAUUAUGGCAGCUUUGGGUAAUGAUGCAGACAGUUUUAUGGAAAUAUUUGGUUCUGAGCCAGUUUGCACUUCAACAAAGGAAAAAUACCAAAAGCCAUUAGAAAGAACGGCAAGCAGCUUUAUUAUCAACAAAUCCGUGAAGGUGGAAGGCAAGAAUGAAUCCAAAAAUGAAGAUCUUGAACAAGCUCGUAAGAACCUUGUUGGAGGAAGUGGUGGUAUUGAUGAGUUGAAAGCUUUUGAUAAGGAAUUAAUCAUUCCUUACUUGGCACUGGAUGCUAGAAGAACUUCUGAUGCUGAUUUCCAAAUUAGUCAUGAAGAACACAUGUUGGAGAGUAAUAGAGGCUCAAAGACUGCUAGAGGUAGCAACAGCAAUAGAAAGACAGUCUUUUCAAUGUCUUUUGGUACAUCAGGAGAUUCCAAAUCAGAGAAGAGAAAAACUCUCUUACAAAAAGCCAAAGGAAUGUUUGUUGGAAGAAACUCUGACUCUGAUCAAGAUGCCAAGACUGUUCUAAAAAAGUCUUCCUCCACCGAAAAUAUCAUCACCAAUAAGCAAAUUCUUCACAUUAGACCAAGUGGAACCCAAUCACCAGUUGCUGAUGCACCACGUUAUGGGUUGCCAACACUUCCUGGCAGUACCAACACAAUGCCUGCUUUACCUACCUUCCUUUCCAAAACUUCAGCAACAGGUACUUCCACUCCUUCAUCCUCUUCUACAACAAAUAAUGAUUCAUUAGAAUCUCCAGUUACAGAGUAUAAUCCAUCAUCAUCUCUUUUACGAUUCAAUAGUAGUGGCAAUAUGAAAUCCCCUCGUAGGAAAGAGGAUGUUAUUCUCAAAUCCAAUUUUGAUGACAAGAGGCCAUUCCACUAUAAUAAGGAAACAAUGGAUUCAUUCAUAGAUAUUGAUGCCAGAGAUACCAGACACCAACAAAGAAGAGUUCCAAUCAAUGCCAGUUUAUCUGCCUAUGAGGAGCUCGAUUUGGACAAGUUAAAACCUCGAUCCAAUAUGGAAAGAUUUAUGGAAGAAAAUGAGGAAAUUGAAUUUAAUAAUCCAUUAUUCAAACUUCGACCUCUUCCUUCUUGGAACACAAUAGAGCAAGAAGAAUUGAACUUUAAAUACAAGGCAGAUAGAGUCGUACACGGAGAGGAUGUUUACUUUAGAACCUAUCCUCUUCCAGUUGUUAUUGGAAGAGAACGUGACAAGUAUGCAUGUCUCUACUUGGAAGAUGCUAAGGAUUUAUUGGAUAUUGACAAAUUACCAGACUCUGUGGACACCCUCAAGAUUAUGCUAGUUCAAAUGCAGAGAGAUUUAACUCUUCUCAAAGAACAGAUAUUCUUUGGAGAUGCUCAUAAAGUUCCUCAAGGAGUCAACUAA